GGUUUCACAUAUUGUGCAUGUGAAUGCAAACGUGUCCGCCAAGUUACACAAAGGCUAUAUAUGCCUUUGUUUCCAUCUAUUUUAUUUGUUCUUUCGGAGUAAAAAGAAAAAAAAGAAAAAGUCGUAAAGAGAGUAGAACUUGUCAUGUAUAUAGUCCGCAGGGCAACCACUUAUCUUUCUUAUCUUGCAAUCCAAACUGCCAAAAUUAAGAAUGUUGAAGUUCAUAGGAAUCUUUCGAUUCCACCUUCUUCUUUCACAUUAUCAGAGGUUUUUUACCGUCAUUCCUUACCAAAAACUUCACUUGGAAAGAAGCCUGAAAAGGAGAUUAUUGACAUCAUCGACUCCAAAAUUGAAAUCCAAGAAUCCAUUGACACGGAUAAAGAAAUCCCAAAGCUACAUUUUUCUGUUAAAGAUAGCGAAGAAGACAUAUUACUCGAAAGAGAAUAUGAAAAUGAAAAAAUCAAUGUCCAAGUUGACAGACAAGCUCUUUCUAACAGACAGGACAAUAUUUCAAUGACUGUAACAAUUGACAAAGACAGCCAUAUAUCACUGGGUUUUGAUGUUCGUGCUUCUCUGGAUUCAGUUCAAAUCCUCAGGUUUUUCACGUGGACCAAAGUUUCAGAAAAUCUGAACAAUACAGAUAAAGAAGUCCAAUUCUCGGACUUGGAUGCGAAGAUGAAGAAAGCACUCGAGAGAUAUCUUGAAAUUAGAGGGAUCCAACCAAGCAUGGUUAAGGCUUUGAGCGAGCUUGUGAAGGACAAGAAAAUGGACUACUCUACAAUUUGGCUAAAGGAACUUAAGAAUUUUAUGGAGAUAUGAUUCCAACACUAACUAAUUUUAGCAACUUCAUCAAGAUGAUUCUUUAUGGAGAUUUUAGGUUGUUAGUUUGAGUGCACUUGACUUCCUAAUUGGAGGCAUUACUAAAAUUUUAGAUUAGCAGUAUUUAUUUUAAUGUUGUUUAAUAUUUUGAAUAUUGAAUAAUGUGAUUAAGGUCUAUUCAUUUCA